AUGAACAUGAAUCCCUACAUUAGCUGGGCGAUCCUGCUGGUCGUAGCAGGUGGCCUUGGCUGGUACUACACCGGGGGCUCGACCCCCAAGGCCAAAACCGUGAUUCGAUCCACCGCGGAGAAGACGGAGGCUGCGGUUGCACCCAAGAAGCAGAAGCGCAAGUCCAAGCCCGCCCCCGAGCCUGCCACUGCCAAGAAGCCCGAGGUGCAGACUGUCGUUUCGCCACCCACAACCGAGGAUGAGAAGCCCGACGAGGAGAUCGACCGCAAGGAAAUGGCCCGCCGCAUGGCCGGCAUGAAGGCUGGUCCCCCCGCCGCCGCCCCUGCCCCCACCAAGAGCCAGAAGAAGAACAAGAAGAAGACCGCUCAACUGGACGUCAGCGACACUCGUGCCUCCUCCACCACCGGCGCCGAGGCCGACGAUGAUCUUUCUCCCGCCGCCUCUCCCUCCGUCAACGCCACCGUCCCCUCCGCUGGAUACGUCUCUGACAUGCUCGAGGCUCCCGCUGCCGGUGCAUCUGUCCUCCGCGUUACCGGAAAUGUUGAGAACCAGCCCAAGAAGCAGAAGGCCCAAACCUUCAAGGAGGUCGAGACCAAGAAGCAGCGUCAGCAGCGUCUUAAGAACGAGGCUCGCAAGCAGCAGGUUCAAGAAGCCGAGGUCGAGCGCAAGAAAUUGCUCGAGAAGCAGCUCCACACUGCCCGCGAGUCCGAGCGCCGUGAGGCUGCCCGUUCCUCUGCCCCAGCGGGCAACGCCUGGCAGACCAAGGCGGCCCCCGCCAAGGCCAACGGUGCCUCCCACCCUGCCCCCGUCGCCGCGGCGGCUGUCCCAGUGGAUCUCCUCGACACCUUCGAGUCAUCCGCCCCUGCCCCCAAGAAGUGGCAACAGAACCUUCCCUCCGAGGAAGAGCAGAUGCGCCUUCUGGAAGCCACCAAUGGCAACGACGAGUGGACCACUGUCUCCAAGGUCAAGAAGCAGCCCAAGAAGAAGGGCGGCAAGACCGACGAGAGUGUCAGUGAGACCAGCGCCUCGGAGAACCAGUCCGCCCCCGUGGCCCCCGUUCCCGUUGAGCCUCGCGUGACCGUGACCCCUACCUACCUCCCCGACAUCCUUCGCUCGCGCGAGAAGGGCCACCCCCUUGACUCUGACUGGGCCGCGUGA